UUGCCUGACACAUGAGGGCAGGAGCGGAGUCCGGGCGCUCGGAAGCAUGCUCCUGCAUCCAUGAAUGGGACACAGAUCCUCCUACGCCUGCUAUGCCUUCUGGUGCCCGUGCUAACGUCGACGCCCGAGCCUCAGUGUACUCUCAUGGAGCUACAUCGGUGCCUCCAGUCCUUGCAGACUCAGAGCAAUGAUCUGGCCUUUGCCGCCACUCGAUAUGAACUACUCACUCUCUGCAGCACACUGAAAGAGAGCGUUUCCUGUGUGGACAACCACAUGAAACACUGCUUUACUGUCACGCAGAGAAAAGUGUUCAACCACGUGGUUGCUGGGGCCAGACAAGUGUUACUGGAACUGUGCGUACCAGGCGCCAUCCAGGAAGCGUAUCUGAAGCACGCCCCUUGCUUCAAAAACGUCUCCCUAGCCGAAGAUAAAUGCGCACCCAAGUACAGGUACCUCAUGGAACUGUCGGAGAACGUCAAUCAGCGGCAAAAUGUGGACGAUGGACUUCGGGAAUCGUGCUGUGCAUUCGGAGAAUUCGUGACUUGCAAAUACCUCCAUGUGAGUCAGGAUUGCGGGCACGAUGCAGCUCUCUUUCUUCAACAACACCUGGACCGCAUUUCAAGUCCGCUAAUCCACGAGCACUGUGCCCACUACACGUACGCGACGGACGCAUGCUCACCCACCUCUACAACAUCACCACUUCAUCAUCAUUCCGCAUCGCUUUUCAUUUUCUUCCUAACGUGGAUACUUGCCCACCGGAUCACGUGCCUCGACAGCUUCCCACAGAUGCUCACGUGAGGCUGACACCAACACAUAUCUAUUAUGUAUAGUGUUGGCUGUAAAAGAGAGAUAAAUAGAUACAGGAGUUUCAAAACUCAUUUGAAACACUAUUCUUUUUGGAAUGAUAGAUAUACAGGAAAAAAAAAAGAAAUUAAAUUGGACAUUUAAUGUAACUGUUGAGAUUUAAGGAAGAAAUAUAGAUCAAUCACCACGGUUUAAAAUGUUUUCAUUAAUUUGAAUGCAAUUAUUUCAUUGGAAAAAUAUA